AUGAAACACACGGUCGAAAAAGCCGAUAAAAAGAUUGCACAACUACGAAGACUGAUGCCGAAUGUGGGAGGGCCUGGUUAUUGCAAGCGCAGGGUUCUGUGCCAAGUAAUGCACAGCGUCCUCCUGUAUGCGGCGCCAGCCUGGCGCGAAGCCAUGAAGAUACAUUCAUACAAGGAAAGAUUAAUGGCCGCGCAAAGAAAAGGCUUACUGAUGGUCGCCGCUGCCUAUAGGACCGUAUCGGCCGAGGCAGUCCAGGUUAUAGCAGGUUUCCCACCGAUCGAUCUCAUGAUAGCUGAGAGAUGCUUUCUAUAUAAAAUAGGAGGCAGGUUAGCCGGUAAUAGACGAAUGGCAAGAGAAAGAACAUAUAAAAAGUGGCAGGAGAGGGACGACCCAGCCCAUGUCCUCUACGAAUGUGCGAGAUGGGGUGAGGAAAGAGCCAGACUGAAAGAACAACUAGGAUGUGACUUGCCAAUGGCAACCGAGAUCAUAGGGAAAAUGUUGGAGGAUAAAGUAACCUGGAACGCGGUAACGACGUACAUGACCAUAGCAAUGAACAGAAACGAAAAAGAGGAUAGAUAG